AGCCAGCUCGAGAGCCUCGUGCGCGGCAGCUGAAGAGUUUCAGACAUGGUGGACGGACGGACGAGUGCGGUGGUUGUCGGGGCGUGUGGCGCCUUUUUCCUCGCAUACUGCAUUUAUUUUGAUAGAAAGCGACGGAGCGACCCUCGCUUCAAGGAAAAGCUACUUGAACGUAGAAGAAAGAAAAACGUUUCUAGUGAAGAGUCUGGAUUGGCAAGGCUGCCUGACUUGAAGGACCCGGAAGCUGUUCAGAAAUUCUUUUUGGAGGAAAUCCAGCUGGGAGAGGAGCUCCUUGCUCAAGAUGACUUUGAGAAUGGUGUGGACCACCUGACCAAUGCUAUUGCAGUCUGUGGUCAACCUCAGCAGCUUCUUCAGGUGCUCCAGCAGACGCUGCCGCCUCCAGUCUUCCAAAUGCUGCUCACCAAACUGCCCUCAAUCAGCCAGCGAAUCAUCAGCUCUCAGCCUUUAACGGAAGAUGACGUUGAAUGAAUGUGUGUGAGAUGGAAAUCUGAAAGAGAACUGUCAGCUGAAAGAAGAUGUCAACAAAUGAAUGUGUGAUUGUGGGUGAGAUGGAAAACCGCUAUCGCUCAGACUGUCUUGAUUAUUUCAGACACUGAUAUUAGUGCACUUGUCUGGUUGUGACUGCAGUGUGAGUGAUACGGGCAGAGCUCGACCUUUGGAUGUCAGGCGACAACGAUUCCUCUGUCGAGGCACUGUUUAAAAACCAAACUGUGGGAUAAACACAUUCCAUCUUUCUAAUCAUAUUCAUCCGUUUGUUCUAUUAAUAUUUCUCAAGUGUAAUGUUUUGCUUAAUUUGGAUUCAUACGUGUACUUAAUAUAAAGCAAUGUUAUGUAAAUUAUUUGUUGCAUAUUGCGGCUGACAUGAAGUGUGUUUAAGAGUGCCUAAACUAAGCAAAACAUUUGUUUGUGGAUUAUUGUUGAGUUCAAAAUAUUUGUUUCCACUGUCUGUAAUAUAUAUAUUUUUUUGUUCCGGUCUUAUUGCAUCUGGAAAUAUUGUGUAAAAUCCUGCAAUAAAACAUAAAAACACUGGA